UCUGUCUCUAUCUCCCUCCCUCUCUCUCUCUCUCUCUCAUCCCAAUCUGAAAUGGUGAAGUUGUAUUAUAAAUACGUAGAGACUACCGCAGCGUAAAAUGGCCGCCAUAGUAGUCUCUUUGGCUUCUUCACUUGCUUCCUCUACUUUAUCUUCUUAUUCUUGUUCGUCUUCCUCCUUGGUUUUCGCUAAAUUACGUUCCACCCCGUUUCCUUUUGCACUCACACCCCUGCGUUCUCGUAGAGCGAAACGCAUGGCUCACUCUCUCACUCGUGCCACUCUCGGCCUCACUCAUCCUUCUCCAAUCGAACCCCCCAAGAUCUCUUUUGCUGCAAAAGAGAUUGAUUUGGUGGAAUGGAAAGGAGAUAUACUUGCAGUGGGUGUUACAGAGAAAGACAUGGCCAAAGAUGAAAACUCAAAAUUCCAAAACUCAAUUUUGAAGAAACUUGAUUCCCAUUUGGGGGGUUUGUUGGCUGAAGCUUCUUUGGAAGAAGAUUUCACUGGUAAAGCUGGACAGGCAACAGUUCUCAGGCUUCCAGGUCUUGGCUCGAAGAGGAUUGGGUUAAUUGGGCUUGGACAGUGUGCUUCAACUACAACCGCCUAUAGCAGUCUUGGCGAGGCCGUUGCUGGGGCAGCAAAGGCUGCUCAGGCAAGUAAUGUGGCCAUUGUGCUCGCCUCUUCUGAGGGGCUCUCUGCUGACUCAAAACUCAGUACUGCUUCAGCUAUAGCAUCUGGAACUGUGCUGGGGAUUUAUGAAGAUAAUAGGUUUAAGUCAGAAUCAAAGAAGCCAGCACUUUCAUCUGUGGAUAUUCUUGGUCUUGGAACUGGACCUGAGGUAGAGAAAAAGCUUAAGUAUGCAGAAGAUGUUUGCACCGGGAUAAUUUUAGGGAGAGAGCUGGUAAAUGCACCCGCCAACGUGCUCACCCCUGGAGUACUAGCUGAAGAAGCUUCAAAAAUUGCCACCAUGUACGGCGAUGUUUUUUCUGCAACAAUUUUGGAUGCAAAGCAAUGCAAAGAAUUGAAAAUGGGUUCCUACCUUGGUGUCGCUGCUGCUUCAGCAAAUCCUCCACAUUUCAUCCAUUUAUGUUACAAACCACCAAGUGGGCCUGUUAAAGUCAAGUUGGCCUUGGUUGGAAAAGGGUUGACUUUUGACAGUGGUGGCUACAACAUCAAGACAGGACCAGGCUGUUUAAUUGAGCUCAUGAAAUUUGAUAUGGGAGGUUCAGCAGCAGGUUCUUUGGGUGCAGCAAAAGCUCUUGGUGAAAUUAAACCUGCAGGAGUAGAGGUUCAUUUCAUUGUUGCAGCUUGUGAGAAUAUGAUUAGUGGAACUGGUAUGAGGCCUGGAGACAUUGUCACAGCCUCAAAUGGAAAGACAAUUGAGGUCAACAACACUGAUGCGGAAGGCAGACUUACACUGGCAGAUGCUUUGGUAUAUGCCUGUAACCAAGGUGUAGAGAAGAUAGUUGACCUGGCAACUUUAACUGGGGCCUGCAUAAUUGCUCUUGGACCCUCAAUUGCAGGUAUCUUUACACCGAGUGAUGACCUUGCAAAGGAGGUACUUGCUGCUUCAGAGGCCGCUGGGGAAAAACUUUGGAGGAUGCCUUUGGAGGAUAGUUAUUGGGAGUCUAUGAAAUCAGGAGUAGCCGAUAUGGUCAAUACUGGUGGUCGUCAAGGUGGUGCCAUCACUGCCGCCCUUUUCUUGAAACAGUUUGUUGAUGAGAAGGUUCAAUGGAUGCAUAUUGACAUGGCUGGACCUGUCUGGAAUGAGAAGAAGAAAACUGCAACAGGAUUUGGCAUUUCGACUCUGGUGGAAUGGGUUCUCAAAAACUCUUCCUAGAUCUUUUUUUUCUGUUUCUGUUUCUGUUUGGGGAGAGAAGAAAAUCUUUAUGGGGUUGUUUGCGCUGAGAUCCUCACUUUUGUAUGAAUAUGGAAAAUACUAUAAUAAUUUUAACAUAUGAAAAAGGGAAGUAAUGAGCGGUGGCAUUGGCUGUUUGGAAGCUUGUUUCAGUAAA